AUGUCUGAACAACCACUUCUUCAAAGCGCUCCCGGCAAACGCAUCGCCCUCCCGACCCGCGUCGAGCCCAAGGUCUUCUUCGCCAAUGAACGCACGUUCCUGUCGUGGCUCAAUUUCACCGUCAUCCUGGGCGGCCUCGCCGUGGGAUUGCUCAACUUUGGAGACUCGGUCGGCCGCAUCUCCGCGGGUUUGUUCACCCUCGUGGCCAUGGCGGCCAUGAUCUACGCCCUCGUCACGUUCCACUGGCGCGCCAAAGCGAUCCGAGUCCGGGGCCAGGGCGGCUUCGAUGACCGCAUCGGGCCCACGGUGUUGGCCGUCGCCCUGCUCGCGGCUGUUAUUGUCAACUUUGUGCUGAGGGUGGUUGAGUCGUAA